AUGCUUGUGCACGGCAUCGAAAACGUGGAACAGCCCGAGCGAUUGAGCCAGUCUGUGUGCGCAAAAGAAACAUCGGCUAGUGUCAAGAUGCAUAGCGUUCAUAGUCCAACUGUUCCCAGCGCAAUCCCCAUCCGGGAGAAGCUUCACGUUGGUAGCAAAAUUGACGUCCAUGGCAAGGUCAAUCACGGUCAUCACAAGAAUUUCUCUGUUGAGCUCCUAUCUGGACCACAUAUUGUUCUCCACAUCAACUUCCGAUUCCAACAUGAUCAUGAAGUCGUCAGACACCACAAUCCGCUUCACCACGACGAUCAAUUCCAUCUCCAUAUUCAUGCUCACCAAGAUUACUUUGAGAUUGAUGUAAACGGCCAACAACUGGCCCAUUUCCCUCACCGUUUUCCUAUGGAGUCUGUACAAGCUCUCGGACUGAAAGGUGAUGUGGUCGUCGAGAGGGUCGAUUUUUCCGGUUUCCACUUCGGUGUUGACUGGAAAACAGGAGAACACAAUUACGGCCAUGCAGGAUAUACGGCCUACGGUUCGGAACACUAUGAACCUCCCACGUUCCAUGCAGCCCACGCCUACAACGCCAUAUUUCUGAUCGCCAUCCUCCAAGGAACGCGGAGUACUAUGGACUGA